AUGCUAAUUCACUUGAGACAAAUUGAAAGCUUCGGCGCCGCCGCCGGAUCCGACCAGGCCGCGUCGCCGACGCCGUUGCCGCCGCCGCCGCCGGAACCAUUGCCCGCGCGGCGACGCAUAGCGGCGCUGCCGGUUCCCGCCGGGCUCUGCGUCGCGCCGUACGGCAGCAUCCCGCCCGCCGUCCAGCAGCACCAGCCGGGUUCGCGAUCGAACCGAUCACCGCCGCCGGAGCGCCCUGUGCCAGACAGAUCGCCGCCAGAUUGGCGUUGCUGGUCGGAGCGGCACCGGUCGUCGGCCGCCGCCGUUGUCGCCGGUCGCUACCGCCGGUCGCCGUCCGGCCGUCAUCGGUCAUUGGACGCAAGCUCCGACAGAGAUGCAGCGUCCACCGUGGCUGCCAUCCACCGCUGCCGCACGACCACCAUUGGCCACUGGCCGCCGGCGACCACCGUCGGCCACUGGCCGUCGGUGACCACCGUCGGCCACCGGCUGCCGACGAACACCGCCCAUCGCCGCCGGCCGCCGGCGAACACCGCCCACCGUCGCCGUCGGCCACCGCCACCACUGUUGGCCACCGGCGACCACCGCCGUGCGUCGCCGCCGGUGACCACCGCCACCGUAGGCGACCACCGCCGGGUGCUGCCGCCGGUGACCACCGCCACCAUAGGCGACCACCGCCCGCAGCCGCCACCGGUGACCACCGCCACCGCCGCCAGUGGUGACCACUGCUGCCGCCGCCACCGGUGA